AUGUCAUUCCGAUUGAUCUCAUUAUGGACACUACAUGAUGAAAAUCACUCUCGGACUCUAAUGCCGCCUGACACCCUACGUUUUGAUAUUGCACCAAUCCAAACCAAACCCAAAGACAAACACAAACCCGAACACAAACCCAAACCCAACCUUAAACCAAAACCUAAACCUAGGCAAAAUGCAAUCUCAAACACAACUGAAACAGAAACCCUCAAACCCAAACCCAAACGCAAUAGUCAAUUGACCAGGACACCCGACCUUUCGAUAAUGCACCAAUCUAAACCAAACCCAAAGACAAGCCCAAACGCAAACGCAAACCCAAAGGCAAACUUUAACCCAAACCUAAACCCAACUCCAAAUCAAUCACAAACACAACUCAAACCGAAAAGCUCUAACCCAUACCCGAACCAAGCUUCAACCCAAAUCCCGAUCUAA